UGCAUGCUGAGCAAAGAUCGCGAAGGAAACAACGAAGGGGAUAAAUUCAAUUCGGGCUCAGCAAAAGGUUGAUUUGAAAACAAAAGAAAGAGAGAAACUACAUAAACACUGACUGACUCUACAACUUCAUUGCUCUACAUUGCACCUACUAGUCAAAAUCGGUGCCAAGCUGCAACAUUUAAUUUCAACAUUGGAAUUAUCGCCUUGGCACGGAAUUUCGAGUUCAUCUCCAAUUAUUUUUUUCAUCCGGGAACCUCACGAACUCUCCCUUUCUAUACUCAUGGGGAAUUAAUCUAUAUAUACUUGAAUUUCUCAUGAAAGAAGCAAACUGCGUGGUAGAGGGGACAAAAACACUGCUCCGUACAGUGAGUUCUCACUUAAACUAAGUUUCUCCUCCUCUGCCAUUCAUGAGAUCUGCCAGUCAUUGAAGAAGGGCGUUUCUUGAGAGAGAGAGAGAAAAAAAAAAUUCGAGACACUUGAACGUGAAAACGCCAACUGCAGUAAAUUAGUGGAGCUGGGACUUAACAGCUCAAAACCUGUCUCUAUUGGAAAGAUAUUUUCGACUUAAAUUAACUAUUUAUCGGCAGUUAUAAAGACACCAGAAUGGGUCAGCGUCUGAUUAUAGGACUUUCGAUACUCUCCAUACUUUUAAGUCAGGGUUUGUGCUCUGGUGUCUUUGAGCUGAAGUUACAGGAAUUUCUUAACAAGAAAGGUGCAUUUGGAAACAUGAAUUGCUGUAAGGGUGGAUCUGGACCCGUUCUGCUACAGUGCGAAUGUAAAACGUUUUUCCGGAUCUGCCUGAAACAUUACCAAGCGAACGUAUCUCCCGAGCCUCCAUGCACCUACGGCAGCGCUGUCACCCCAGUGCUGGGGACUAACUCUUUCCAAGUAUCCGAAACUUCAUCUGAUGUCACCUUCACCAAUCCGAUUAGAUUCACUUUCGGAUUUACCUGGCCUGGUACAUUUUCCUUGAUUAUAGAAGCCCUGCAUACGGAUUCUCCUGAUGACUUGUCAACAGAUAAUCCAGAUCGCUUGAUCAGUCGCCUUACCACCCAGAGACACCUUGCAGUGGGCGAAGAAUGGUCGCAAGACCUUCACACUGCCGGCAGAACUGAACUCAAGUAUUCCUAUAGGUUUGUUUGUGACGAGCAUUAUUACGGCGAAGGAUGCUCGGUUUUCUGUCGCCCACGUGACGAUGCGUUUGGUCACUUCACCUGUGGAGAAAGAGGGGAGAAAGUUUGCAAUCCUGGAUGGAAAGGCCAGUACUGCACUGAAGCAAUUUGCUUGCCUGGAUGUGAUGAACAACAUGGAUUCUGUGAAAAGCCUGGUGAAUGCAAAUGCAGAGUUGGGUGGCAGGGACGCUACUGUGACGAAUGCAUCCGUUAUCCUGGAUGCUUGCAUGGAACAUGCCAACAGCCUUGGCAGUGUAAUUGUCAAGAAGGCUGGGGUGGUCUUUUUUGUAACCAAGAUUUGAACUACUGCACACAUCAUAAACCUUGUAAGAAUGGAGCCACUUGCACCAACACGGGACAAGGAAGUUACACUUGUUCUUGCCGACCAGGAUUUAGUGGUGCCAGCUGUGAAAUUGAAAUCAAUGAAUGUGACAGCAACCCUUGCAAGAAUGGAGGAAGUUGCACUGAUAUGGAGAACAGUUUUAGCUGUACAUGUCCACCUGGUUUUUAUGGACCAACCUGUGAACACAGUGCUACAACCUGUGCUGAUGCCCCCUGUUUUAAUGGUGGCCAUUGUUCUGAUAACCCAGAUGGAGGCUAUUCUUGUGUUUGCCCUGUGAAUUACUCUGGUUUUAACUGUGAAAAGAAAAUUGACCAUUGCAGCUCCAACCCAUGCGUGAAUGGAGCCCAGUGUUUGGAUCUUGGAAACACAUACAUGUGUCAGUGUGCCAAUGGAUUCACCGGAGUGCAUUGUGAUGACAACAUUGAUGAAUGUGCUUCUUUUCCAUGUGCAAAUGGUGGAACCUGCCAGGAUGGUAUCAGUGACUACACAUGCACCUGUCCUCCAGGAUAUACUGGGAAAAACUGUAGCACACCUGUCAGAAAGUGUGAACACAACCCUUGCCAUAAUGGAGCUACAUGCCAUGAAAGGGACAAUCGCUAUGUCUGUGCCUGUGUCCCAGGGUAUGGUGGGCUCAAUUGCCAAUUUCUGUUGCCUGAACAUCCUAAAGAUCAGCCUGUUGUUAUAGACCAAACUGGAAAGUACACUGAAGUAAAUGAUGGAGAUUUCCCUUGGACAGCAGUAUGUGCUGGGAUUAUUGUUGUCCUUGCACUGUUGCUUGGCUGUGCUGUCAUUUUGGUUUGUUUCAAGGUGAAAUUGCAGAAAGUGCCUAGCCAAAUAGAUGUCUGCAAAAGUGAUAUUGAGACAAUGAAUAACCUAACUGACUGCCAGCGAGAAAAAGACAUUUCUAUCAGUGUUAUUGGGGCUACCCAGAUCAAGAACAUCAAUAAGAAAGUAGACUUUCCCUGUGACAGCAAUGGGGAGAAACAUGGUUAUAAAGUUAAAUACCCAUCAGCGGAUUACAAUCUCGUUCAUGAGCUAAAACGUGAUGACUUUGUCAAAGAGGAGCAUGAAAGAAGUGAUGCAAAGUGUGAAGCCUCUGACUAUGAACUGGAGAAUAAAAGCACUGUCCAUUUAAAGAGUGAGUCACCAGAAAGAAAAAGACCAGAAUCCCUGUAUUCCAUGUCAAAAGAUGUAAAGUACCAAUCUGUGUAUGUGAUAUCCGAGGAAAAAGAUGAAUGUAUAAUUGCAACUGAGGUUUAAACUGCUAAGGUAAAGCUGUCUAAGGAGCUAAUUGCUCCACUGAAAUGCUGCUCAUCUAGGAGGAAAGGAUUUCUUCGGUGGCUGCUGCUGUAAGAUAAAUAAAACAUUCAGAAUGAGCUGGUUCUCUACUGAAGUUGGCACAGUGACUGCAAACACAAUGGACCUUAGGCAAUGGUAGCCUGCUCUCUCAAGGAUUCCUGCCUCUCAAGACUGUGUUCAGGUAUAGCUGUUGCACAGUCUGUUGAGAAACUUACUCAUUGCACUAUGAACAGUUGCUUUUUUGUAUGUAGUAUGAAUGGACUUAAUUGCUGUGGAAGAAGUAUGCUCUGUCUACAGUGUAUAUUUCACAUUCUUCAGAGCCUUUCUUCAGUUUGGCUUGAAGGUUUUGUGGGGAGGGGGCAUUGUGGAACAAGGAAAAAAACACUACUCUUGAAACACUGUUAAAAUUGUGUGUUAUUUUUAUAUAUAUAUAUUUUUAAGCUGUAAUUGGUUUGAAAAGAUAUUUGUAUUUUGUGACUUUUUUGUAAUUUAAACCUUCGUAUAUAUGUACAAAGGCACUUCAAGUCUAUGGGACUUUCUUGUACAUAAAUGUAUUUAUAAAAUAUUUUGCAGAAAUGUUAUUUGAGUUGUUUUUAUUACUGUUUUUUUUAUGAAGGAA